CACUUCUUCCUUCUUUCGCUGUGCUCCGCUGCCGCUGCAUCUCUCUUAUCUCUCUCCCCAGCUCUUGUUGUUCUAGCUGCUGCCUGCCUGCCUAUCUUUUCUCUCUGCCUCUUCCUCUUUUCUCUCUCUCAGAAAAAAAGAAUUUUUUAUUCGGCCUUGGGCUGCUGGCUCCUGUCCUUCCUAGGGGGAUUUUGGAGUGAUCUCUGGCUGCUCCCUGCCCCCCUGCCUGUGCUGGGGUCUCGGCCGCCGCUCGGCGCCGGCUGGAUCUGACUCAGGUUGCUUGCUUCAGGUUCAGGUUUAUUGUCAAUCUGGCUAAUCUUGAACGCUCGUGAAGAACUGUUUGUUGCACACGUAAACGCUUUCUAAAGUUGAAGUCUUGUCAAUAGAAAAAUAUCAUGGGUGCUCUCUGUGAUUACUGUGGGGAGCAUAGGUCUAUGGUUUACUGCCGAUCAGAUGCAGCAUCUUUGUGCUUGUCAUGUGACCGCAAUGUGCAUUCAGCUAAUGCUCUUUCUCGGCGCCAUACAAGGACUCUUCUUUGUGACCGGUGUGCUUCACAGCCUGCCAUGGUGCGCUGCCUAGAAGAGAACACCUCACUUUGCCAGAAUUGUGACUGGAAUGGGCAUAGUGCUGGAUCCCCCGAUGCUGGACACAAACGGCAGAAUAUAAACUGCUACUCUGGGUGUCCAUCAUCUGCAGAGCUUUCAAGGGUCUGGUCAUUCAUUUUAGAUAUUCCUAAUGUGGCUCCUGAGCCGAAUUGCGAGCAAGUAAUAAGCAUGAUGAGCAUCAGUGACAGUGCUGUCAGCAAUGAAGACAACGCUCCAGGGGGCAACAGUUUCUUAGAUAUAGCUAGUGCAACACUUAGUAGUGAUCAUAAUAACGAUGACAAGCUUAAGACUGUGAUAGGGUCAUCUUCUGAAGCUGGUGUGAACCUUCUUCCACAUGCUACUGGUCAGACAGCCGUAUCUGUGGAUUCCACAACAGCUAAGGUGCCCUAUACGCCCGACAAACAUAUGUUCAGCAAGGAUACAAUAUAUGAAGAUUUCUCUAUGGAUGAUAUUGACCUGAGUUACGAAAAUUAUGAAGAACUUUUUGGUAACUCUCACAUUCAAACAGAGGAACUCUUUGAUGAUGCUGGGAUUGACAGUUACUUUGAAAUGAAGGAAGUGCUUGCUGGGAGUUCUGAUGAGCAGCCAAAGCCGAUGCAGCCAGCGGCUAGCAAUGCAGUAUCUGCUGAUUCUGGGAUGUCAAAUCCAGGAGUAAAAGAUGAUUCCAGUCUUUGUAUUCCUGUAAGGCAAGCUCUUUCAUUUUCUGGUUUUACUGCUGAGAGCAAUGCUGGAGAUUACCAAGAUUGUGGGGUAUCAUCAUUGCUCCUUAUGGGCGAGCCUCCUUGGCUUCCUCCUGGCCCUGACGGCUCAUUUGCCGGAAUUAGAGACAGCGCUAUCACACGAUACAAGGAGAAGAAGAAGAGAAGAAAAUUUGACCACAAGAUCAGGUAUGAAUCUCGAAAGGCUAGGGCAGAUGUGAGAAAGAGAGUCAAGGGACGGUUUGUUAAAGCCGGUGAAGCAUAUGACUAUGACCCACUUGACACAAGGAGCUACUGAGUGCAGAAAACUACUAUGCAGUGUUAGAUUAGCAAAUUCAACCCAGUGCGUCUGGGACAAAAUCACAGGCACUCCAAGCAAUCAUGGCAUACCCACCUUGAGAAAGAAAAAGAACGGAGUGCAAUCAGUGAGGCAAAAAGAGGUGAAUGUUUCCCAAGUUCUUGGAUGCCGUUCUAUCCUGUUUCUUCUGUACAGCGGAUGGAAUAGGCAUCUUCUGUGCCUUUGGAGCAGUGCUUCGAGUCAUUUCUCCACCUUUUAUGAAUUAGUCCACACAACCAAUGGACUCCUGUGUUUUUCCUCUCCUGUCUACUGACUACGUGGCAUCCACCUACCCUUGCUAUGGUGUUUUCGGCGGUAUGCUUCCAGAUUGGACUCUUAGGCGAAAGAUGGCUUGUAGUUGUGAAGUAUCCUGCUGUGUUAUAUCGUACAUCAAUUUUGCUGUAUUCCGGAGUUCUGUCGUGCAGUUAUGCAUGUGUAAAUACCAGGUCAGAAAUAAGCUGGUGGUUGUAAACUUAAUUCUUCAAGUUGGUGGUGAUGGAGCCCCUGUAACCGGCUACCAAUUUUGUGUGCUCACUCUGCCCAAAUAAGAAAACCUUCAGACUGACUCAACGCUGCUAUUUGUACUCGAGCAUAUGCUCGGAUGUCCUUUUGGUGAUCUGUUUGGUCCCUUGACAUUCAAUGGAAAUUAUUGGUCCUGUAGACCUGCAGUUUCUCUGAA